UCCAGGCUGACGCUGAGAAGACAGAAGAUAAUCCUGCAGAAGAUCAUUUUACCAUAUAUCACUUUAAGCGUGAAGAUGCUGACUGUGACUCUGCUCCUCUGUGCCAUGGUGGCUCUGACCGGAGCUGCUGCUGUUCCCGAGCCAGGACCUGUUGAGGACACAGAACUAGUCGUUCAAGAGGGGGAGCAUCACAUCGUCGAGAGGGCUACAUCUUGUCCCGGUGGUUGGGAAAGCUACAACGGUCGCUGUUUCCACUAUGUUCCAACUCCAAUGAGCUGGGCUAAUGCCGAGAAAUAUUGUCUGAACUUUGGAGGAAAUCUUGCAUCAGUGCACGACUUCAAUGAGCAGCACGUGAUUCAGAGCAUGAUCCUGAGGCUCACUCAUUCAUAUCCACACACAUGGCUUGGAGGCUACGAUGCGACCCAGGAGGGAACCUGGUUCUGGAGUGAUGGUACACCUUUCAGGUUCAACUACUGGGAUCAAGGACAGCCUGAUAAUUAUGGGACUUCACACUGUUUGAUUAUGAACUUUGGAGGCCCCAAGAAAUUUGACGAUCAGCGUUGCUAUGAAAGUAAGCCGUUCGUCUGCGCCAAAAAACUAUGA